GCCUAAACCCCAGACGACCGCCGGCGCCCGGCAAUGGCGGAGUCGCCGGAGCAGUUCAGGGGGCAGUCCCGCCUCCCCCGCUUCGCCGAGCCCCUCCGCUACGACCUCCUCCUCCGCCCCGACCUCGCCGCCUGCACCUUCUCCGGCUCCGCGGCCGUCGCCGUCGCAGUGUCCGCGCCCACACGUUUCCUCGUGCUCAACGCCGCCGACCUUUCCGUCGACGGAUCCUCCAUCCGCUUCCAGGAUGUGGCGCCGACGGAGGUGGUGCAGUUCGAGGAAGAUGAGAUCCUGGUCAUCGGCUUCGGCCAGGUGCUGCCCAUCGGCGAGGGCGUGGUCACCAUGAACUUCACCGGGACACUCAACGACCAGAUGAGGGGCUUCUACAGGAGCAAGUAUGAUUACAAUGGGGAGUCAAGAAACAUGGCAGUCACACAGUUUGAAGCUGCUGACGCACGCCGGUGCUUUCCAUGCUGGGACGAGCCUGCAUUUAAGGCCAAGUUCAAAUUAACAUUAGAAGUUCCAACUGAGCUGGUAGCAUUGUCCAACAUGCCAGUAGUUAAGGAGACAGUUCAUGGACCUCUCAAGACAGUCUGCUACGAGGAGUCUCCACUUAUGUCAACAUAUCUGGUCGCUAUAGUUGUUGGUUUAUUUGAUUACAUAGAGAGCUCAACGUUAGAAGGCACCAAAGUUCGUGUGUAUACUCAAGUUGGAAAGACUAGUCAAGGAAAGUUCGCACUAGAUGUUGGGGUGAAGUCACUGGAUCUAUACAAAGAUUAUUUUGCCACUCCAUACCCACUACCUAAGCUGGAUAUGAUUGCUAUCCCUGAUUUCUCUGCUGGAGCUAUGGAGAACUAUGGAUUGGUCACUUACAGAGACUCAGCUUUGCUUUAUGACGAGCAAUUAUCAUCAGCAUCCAACAAACAACAGGUAGCAAUCACUGUUGCACAUGAAUUGGCUCACCAAUGGUUUGGCAAUCUUGUGACUAUGGAAUGGUGGACUCACUUGUGGCUAAACGAGGGUUUUGCUUCCUGGGUGAGUUACUUAGCUGUAGAAUCUAUAUUUCCUGAAUGGAAUAAUUGGACACAAUUCCUCGAUGAGACGACAUCUGGGCUCAGACUGGAUGCGCUUGCAGAAUCACAUCCUAUUGAGGUUGAAGUAAACCAUGCCAGUGAAAUUGAUGCGAUCUUUGAUUCCAUAAGCUACGACAAGGGUGCUUCUGUCAUUCGCAUGCUGCAAAGCUAUCUUGGUGCAGACCGUUUUCAGAAAGCUUUGGCUUCAUACAUAAAGAAGUACGCGUACUCAAACGCUAAAACCGAAGACCUGUGGGCUGUUCUUGAGGAGGAAACUGGGGAGCCUGUUAAAGACCUGAUGACUACAUGGACUAAACAACAAGGAUAUCCUGUUAUAUUUGCAAAACUAAAUGGGCAAUAUUUGGAACUCGAGCAGGCUCAGUUUCUGUCAGAUGGAUCAUCUGGUCCUGGCACGUGGAUUGUUCCUAUGACAUCAUGCUGUGGCUCAUAUGAUGUGAAUAAAAAGUUUCUAUUGAAAGGGAAGGCUGAUAAGAUCCAUAUAAAAGAUUUUGCGGCCUCCCAAACUGCUGACAGAGGGAUAGGCCAAAACUCUUGGAUCAAACUGAACAUUGAUCAAACUGGAUUUUAUAGAGUGAAGUAUGAUGAUGAACUUGCAGCCGGACUUGAAAAUGCAGUAAAGGCCAACAAACUCUCGUUAAUGGAUAUGAUUGGUAUUGUGGAGGAUUCAUAUGCCCUUUCUGUUGCUUGCAAACAAACACUGACAUCAUUGCUGCGUCUGCUGAAUGCUUAUCGUCAUGAGUCUGAUUAUACUGUGCUUUCACAUGUAACCUCUGUAUGUUUAGGCGUUAAUAAAAUAUCAACUGAUGCUACUCCUGACUUGUCUAGAGAUAUCAAACAACUUCUGAUCAAGCUUCUUCUAUUAGCUGCCAAAAGAGUAGGCUGGGAUCCUAAGGUUGGUGAAAGCCAUCUUGAUGUCAUGCUUAGAUCACUGCUCUUGCUUGCUCUUGUCAAACUUGGACAUGAUGAGACUAUAGCUGAGGGAAUUCGCCGUUUCCACAUCUUCUUAGAAGACCGAAAAAGUCCCCUUCUGCCACCAGAUAAUAGAAAGGCAGCAUACCUUGCUGUGAUGCGGAGCGUGAGUACCUCAAGCAGGGCCGGUUAUGAUUCUCUCCUGAAAAUCUACAGGGAAACAUCUGAAGCACAGGAGAAGUCUCGCAUCUUAGGCUCGUUGUCUUCGUGCCCAGACAAGGAUAUUGUUGUUGAGGCAUUGAACUUUAUGCUUACAGAUGAGGUACGGAAUCAAGAUGCAUUUUAUGUCCUUGGUGGUAUUAGCUUAGAAGGACGUGAAGUUGCAUGGGCCUGGCUUCAGGAAAAUUGGGACCACGUCGUCAAGACUUGGCCAUCAAGCUCACUCAUAUCGGACUUUGUCAAUUCUACUAUUUCACCGUUCACUUCCGAGGAGAGAGCUGCUGAGGUUUCUGAGUUCUUUUGCACUCGUGUGAAACCAUCGUUCGAGAGAGCAUUGAAGCAGAGCCUUGAGAGGGUGAGGAUCAGCGCUAGAUGGAUCGAGAGCAUCAAGAGUGAGCCGAACCUCGCCCAAACGGUGCACCAGUUGCUGCUGGAGGAGAUGUAAUCUUCUGCUAGCUAUAAAGAGAUUAUGUAUCACGAGGGGGUUGUUCCAUUAUAAUGUUGUUGGAAAGGUUGUGCGUUUAUGCAUCGUGGCUGUUCUAGCAACAGUAAUUUAUGUGGUCUAGCUUUACGUAUUCAACACCUGCGAUAUCAACUGUACUUUGUUUCGGAGAGGUGUUGUGUUUGAAGUUUUUUCAGCACAUUAGCCAAUAAAUUCACUUUAUCCUUUCACAAA